CUCAAGUCUCAAGUCAGCCACUACCGAGCAUUGAUACCCUUGAUUCAAGAUAGUCUGGACCCGCGGUCUUCCCCAAUGGAUCCAUCCUGCCUCGUUCUCAUCAGCGGGCGCGAUCGGGACAAAGUCAGGCGUAUCGUCAAGGGCUUUGCACAUGUCCAAAUGGCUAUUCGAAUGAACGGAGACGCUCCCGACCAAAGCCACGCCCGAGAUCCCCGCAUCCCUAAAAGCCCUGCGCAACAAAAUCUUGCCGUGCUUCACAUCCCGGUACUCACUGCCCAUCCCCACCCGGCAACAUGCCGAGCAGGGGAAUCGCCGCACACGCGACCGACCGGCACAGACUGGCACAUGAGGUGUACUUGGUGGAUGUUGUGCAGCGCGGUGGCCACCGCAUAUAUCUCGGGGUCGGCGGACCACAUGUUCGUGGGAUCCGAGGCCAGUCCGUUCACCGUCAGCUCCAGCGAAGCAGAUGCCGGGCACGCUCGGAUUGAGAUAGCUUCGAAAUCACGAAGCAGACCACUGAUGGUUGCCAAGAUAGGGGAGGCUCGGAAGCUGAACUGGAAUCGAGACAGUUUCGGCGAGUCAAUCAGGCAAGGCAGAAGUAGGCCCGUAACCGGCUUAGAAGUGGCUGAUAUAUGUAUUUACCGACUCUCGAUUCGGUAGCGCCAGAGUCGGGUACAGUAGGAUCUGCGCGUCAGAAUCUCCUCGCGUGCAUUCGAGGAUGAUGUGUCGAAUCCUGAAUGGUUCUGUGCAAGACGAAGGGAUCAAUUGUGUCGAUGAUGAUAGAUAGCCCUUGCAGUUCAGGCAGAACUAGCGACGGCAGAAAGUGGUUCCAGAUAUCAGUGGGGAGGACGGUGGAUCCAAGGAUCAAAGAUUCAAUGUGAUGUGCGUUGGAUGAGAGGACUGAAAAUGAGCGUAGCGAGUGAGCGCCCUUCAGCACAACACGGAUCGUCACACGCUCGAUCAUUCUGAUCGAUUCCAUCACCUCGACGUCCCCCGUGUGCACACGCACAGUUGUGUGGCUGUUUCGUUGAAACGGGCCCCAGGGCGACCCCGG